AAUGUUUUUGAGCAUGUUACCGGAAACAAAGAAUUUAGGCCUUAUAGAUAUCGCGCGUAUGCAACAAUAUUUAUAGCAUAUUGGAAAUACCCCUGAUAAAGCUAUAUAUUCUCGAUACGUAUUGUUAUCACUCCAGUCAAAAGAGACACACGCAAUGCACACCUUAUGUAAACUUACAAAGCUUUGGCGUGCAUGGUAAUGGAUAUUAAGCUGAAAUACGCUGUUGUGGCUGUCGUUGUAUCUGUAGCUGGAGUUUAUGUAUUGGUGAUGAUUAUGCGUAAAUUGCCGGCAGGCAUGAAACAGGAUCAAAUAUGUUUGCCAAAUCAGGCUAGAGAUCUUGAAUGUGGCUUCGUGGCUGAUCUGUUACACGAGUAUGUUGAAAGGAAAUCUGUGAAUAUAUAUGCAGAAAUAGACACCCAACAGCAAACGAGGCUGCAAGAGACGUGUAAACAGUCACAGAGGGAAUGCGGAAACAUAAAGCCAGCUGCUAAAUUAACUGGGAAAAAGCUGUCAGGCAUAGUAAACAGAAAUGAUGUUGGUGCUGACAUGAUACCAAUAACGGAAUGGCAGGAUGACAGAUAUCUGCAUAGAACCAGUGGAUUUUAAAGACACCGCAUUCGGUACCAAGAUGGUCGCUUGAUUGUUCCUGUUGACGGCACAUACUUUGUCCAUUCUUUCGUCGAGUUGUUUGAGCCAUGUGACCCUUCGACUGGAAAGCCAAAUAUCAAAGAUCCUACAAAGCCUAUCAAACAUAGCAUCUUCAAAUUCAGCAUACUCGA